UGGGGCUGGCUGACAUAUCCGUCACAUGGGUGGGACGCCAUUAAUGAGAUGGAUGAGUACUUCAGCCCUAUCCACACAUACCAGGUCUGUAAUGUGAUGAGCCCCAGCCAGAACAACUGGCUGAGGACCAGCUGGAUACCUCGAGAAGGAGCCAGGAGGAUCUACAUUGAGCUCAAGUUCACCCUGAGAGACUGCAACAGCAUGCCUGGAGUCCUGGGUACCUGCAAGGAAACCUUCAACAUGUACUACUACGAGUCUGACAGAGAUGUGGGCUCAUCCAUACGAGAGAACCAGUUCAUAAAGAUCGACACCAUCGCUGCUGAUGAAAGCUUCACAGGAGUGGACCUGGGGGUGCGCAGACUGAAACUCAACACAGAGGUGCGAGGUGUUGGACCUCUGAACCGCCGAGGCUUCUACCUGGCCUUCCAGGACAUCGGCGCCUGCAUCGCUCUCACCUCUGUGAGAGUGUACUACAAGCACUGCGUCGGUGUGAGCCGCAACCUGGCCGUUUUCACCGAUGUGGUGACGGGAGCUGACUCGUCCUCCCUGGUGGAGGUCAGAGGUCAAUGCGUGGACCAUGCUGAGGAAAGGGACACACCCAAAAUGUAUUGCAGUGCAGAGGGCGAGUGGCUGGUUCCCAUCGGGAGGUGUGUGUGCUCAGCAGGAUUUGAGGAGCAUAGAGAAUCUUGUGAGCCAUGUGAGGUGGGUUUCUAUAAGCCGGCGGCAGGUGAUGGCGUGUGUGGGAAGUGUCCUCAGCACAGUCACUCAGAGACCAGAGCUGCCGUCUCUUGCCCCUGUGACUCCAACUACUAUCGAGCAGCAGAUGACCCACCUGCAGCUGUUUGUUCUCGCCCUCCAUCUGCUCCUGUAAACGUCAUCUCCUCUGUCAAUGGGACCUCUGUGGUUUUAGAAUGGGACCGCCCUCUAGACACAGGGGGGCGCAGUGACCUGCAGUACGGUGUGUUGUGUCAGAAAUGUUCUGUGGAGGGGCCCUGUGAGGACUGCACAGCUUCUCCCGGGUUCAUUCCUCGUCACACGGGUCUGAUGGAGCCUCGGGUGACGGUGCUGAAUCUGGUGGCGCACACCAACUACUCCUUCUGCAUCCUGGCAACAAAUGCAGUGACUCACCUGAGUAAUGAAGCCUCGCCGUGCGCCAUUGUGAACAUCACAACAAACCAGGCAGCUCCCUCCGAGGUGUUAGCCAUCCGCCAGGAGAACACGAGUCAGAACAGUGUGAUUCUGCUGUGGCACGAACCCAACCAGCCCAACGGAGUCAUCCUGGAAUACGAUGUUAAAUACUACGAGAAGAUCCAGGAGGGAAACUACAAGUCAGACAACAUGUACUGCAUACACUGUGGUUACAGCAAAGCCUUCCAGGACUCUGAUGAGGAGAAGAUGCAUUAUCAGAACGGUCAUGUGUCAUUUCCCGAUGCGAGGUUCUACAUCGACCCGCACACAUACGAGGACCCCUGCCAGACAGUCCACGAGUUUGCUCGAGAAAUUGAAGCUUCCAGGAUCAAAAUCGAAAAAAUCAUUGGCUCAGGGGAGUUUGGGGAGGUGUGUUACGGACGCAUGAGGCUCCCAGGAAAACGAGACGCCGCAGUGGCCUUGAAGACCCUGAAGGCAGGAUAUACAGAGAAGCAGAAGAAGGAUUUCCUGGCUGAGGCGUCCAUAAUGGCCCAGUUUGACCAUCCGAAUGUCAUCCACUUGGAGGGAGUGGUAACUCGCAGUAAACCAGUGAUGAUUAUCACAGAGUACAUGGAGAAUGGCUCUCUGGAUGCUUUCCUCAGGAGGCACGAUGGCCAGUUCACCAUCAUCCAGCUGGUCGGGUUGCUGCGAGGAAUCGCGGCAGGCAUGACCUACCUGUCUGAUCUGGGCUACAUACACCGGGACCUGGCCGCCCGCAACAUCCUGGUCAACAGCAACUUCGUGUGCAAGGUAUCGGACUUUGGCUUGUCCCGAGUGCUGGAGGACGACCCAGAUGCUGCAUACACCACCAGUGGAGGGAAGAUCCCGAUCCGCUGGACAGCUCCGGAGGCCAUCGCAUACAGGAAGUUUUCCUCUGCCAGCGAUGUGUGGAGCUACGGCAUCGUCAUGUGGGAAGUGAUGUCCUAUGGAGAGCGACCGUACUGGAACCUGACCAACAGAGAUGUGAGCAUGGUUUAAUAAAUCACACAGCUUUCAUAGAAACAGGCCGGACCUGGUUUAAAUGCUGAGUCAG